CCUUCAGCUGGACUGCUUCACUCAGGUCUGCUACCAAUCGAGACGAGGGCGCGAGUGGUGAAGCAUUAACAGCUUAGCAACCGUGAACACUAAACUCCAGUUGUUUUCACGCCUUUAGUGAGGAUUUAAAACUUGAGGCGAACAUACCGAACAAGACCAGGAGAGCAACCUGCUGAUUAAAAGCGAGAACAAGUCCAUCAAAGCCAUGCCCACGCUUUGAAUACAGCAAUGGCUCAAUCAGCAAUGUUGUCUGUCCUCAUCCUUGUUUUUCUGAUACUCACUGGAACUCUGUACUUGAAGGCUGAGGAAAGAGCAGGACUCCUUUCAGGUGUGCUGGACUUGCCGUGGCAGGACCAAGUGUGCUAUGACUCAACUUCAGCGCAGGGGGGGGAGGGGAGCAGCACGCCGACACCCGAGAGAAUCCGUUCUGAAUCAAUGCUCUCACAACACCCUGACUGCUACUUAAGGAGCAUUUCAACUGGAUCAAGUCUUUACAAAGCCUCUGGCGGCACCUGUUUGAACAUCCUGUGCAGAAUUGACGAAAACUGGAAAACUUUGACGUGUGAUUUGGGAGUUCCCAGACUUCCUUCAGCCAGGCUGAACUCUGCUGUUGUGGCAUUUAGCCUACAGCGCUUGAUGUUCCACAAAAAUUACCCAUUAGUCGAUGACACGAGUAUGGAAUCUCAUGAAUCUGUUGUCUGUGAAACAAAGGAUUCCUCCAGGUGUUCCAUUUCCAUUGGCACUACAAGUUUUGUUUCCAUUCUAUCUGUCAACAUAUCCGGCUGUGAAGCUAGACCAAUUCUGCUCAACGUACCAGCUCGACCUGUGAAACCCAGAACUCCUUUGAACCUCUCACAUUUCCAGACCAUCAAGCCAGAACUGAUUUUGCAGUGGGAUGAGCCAAAAGACGAUGGUUCUGGUCCCUUAAGAUAUGAGGUCCGAUAUUCAAAUGACACUCAUUCUUCAUGGCAGGUGGUGUCUACAGGUCUGGAACGCCGACUGAGUCUGGAUCUGGAGCCCGAAGUCAACUACACCAUGCAGGUUCACUGCUCUGACCUACAUGAUCCUCCAUUGUGGAGUAACUGGAGUGAACCCUAUCACAUCUACCUUGGCCGGGUGAGCUACAUCCCCGAAAAGGUUUUGGCCCAUCCGGGGGAGAACGUAAGUCUUUACUGUGUGUUCAACGACCACAGCGUCAACGCCAACACUGCUGUGUGGAUGCUAAACUUGGAACAGCCUCUGUCUUCCAGCCAGUAUCACUCAGUCAACCAACGGGUCAGCCACAUCACAGUACAGCCGUCAGACUCGGGGAUGUAUGAGCUGCUGCAGUGUAGGGCAACAAAGGAGUGGCCCAUCCCUUACAGCAUCAUAUAUGUAGAAGGGGCCUCGAUUGACAUCAAAUGUGAAACCAGUGGUGACAUUGACGCGAUGGACUGUAGCUGGAACAACACUUGGUGGAUCAAACCCAAAUUCCAAUACACAUGGACUGACCUACCCUGUGAUGUGAUGGAGGAGAGAGAGAAAAAGGGGGAGAAAGUUGGAGAGCUAGGGCCUGACUGUCUUCCGGUCCGAUCCAAGCAACAAGCCUGCACCAUCCAGGACAUACGGAGGAAUUGCUACAAGCUGUGGCUUGAGAUGCUUUCCCAUCAAGGCCCUUUCAGAUCCAAACACAUCUACAUAUCACCUCUAGAUCAUGUAAAGCCUCACAAACCAUCCAAUGUGAAAGCGGUGAAUCUGCAAAGCGGGGUUCUGAGGAUCACGUGGGAACCUCCACCUUUGCCUGUGCAGGGACUCCAGUGUCAGUUCCGUUACCACUCUCCUUCUGCCAUCAAAGCUCAGCCAGAGUGGAAGCUCAGUAAUCCAGUGUGGGUACCGUCAGCGGAGGUUCCGGUUCCAGAGAUGUGCCAGGUUUAUGCAGUUCAGGUGAGCUGCAAACCCGCCAACCGCACUGGCUACUGGAGCGACUGGAGCGACCCAGUCUACUCUGUACCCCAAAACAGUCAAGCUCCAGAACAUGGCCCUGAUUUUUGGAGAAUUCUUGAAGAUGAUCAGCUCACGAACUCGACAAAUGUUACUCUACUGAUUACGUCUCUUCCAAAAACGAGCCGCUCCUACUGCAUCAGUGGAUACAUAGUCCAGCAGCAGACUUCAAGUGGUAUUGUGAAGAGGAAGAGCAUUGAGCUCCUGUCCUCCUACAGCUUUGAGUGGAAGCGAGAGCUCCAAAGUGUGACAGUGGAAGCCUACAACAGUCUGGGAAGUUCCAGAAAAAACAUGAACAUGGUACUGGACAGACGACCUAAACGCCGGAGCGUGCAUUCUUUCCGCGUGCUGCUUAUCAACGGCACUUGUGUGUCUCUGCAUUGGAGCCUCAUGGACAACAGCUCGACUCCACUCUUCAUGGUGGUGCAGUGGGCACCACAGCGGCAAGAUGGCUUUGAUCUGAGCAAAGCUCACAGUGGGCGCACCUGGGCCAGGCUGCCCUCCACCGAUUGUUCCGUCCACCUAACAGGUGAUUUUUAUGCAUCUGAGGAGUACGGCUUCUACUUGUAUCCUGUGUUUUCGGAGGGAGAGGGCGAGCCUGCCUUCACAAUAGCCAGCAGAGGAGGCCCUUCUGCCUACACGACGUUGCUGAUCAUCGCCCUCCUCUCCAUCGUCCUCUUCAUCACCCUGGUCCUCUCCCAAAACCAGAUGAAAAGGUUUGUGUGGAAGGAUGUGCCCAACCCCCAAAAAUGCUCCUGGGCAAAAGGACUCAAUUUCAAGAAGGCUGACACUUUCCACGAGCUCUUCCAGUCCUCAGAUAUCCUGCCAGCUUGGCCGCUUCUGCUACCCUCCGAGAACAUUUCCAAAGUGGUCAUCAUGGAAAAGGCUAACAUGUCAGUUCUGAGCGGAGCCUUGGUACGCAGCCCACUUAUAACCCCAACUCUCAACGCAGUGUCCUGUCCAUUUAUUGAAGUGGACCAAAAUGUCAUCCCCCCCUCCUCAGUCCUAGAUUUGGAUAUUUUAACCAAUCCCAGGCCACAGCUUGAUGAGCUGCAGCUCAUUGAUCCCCCACAGAGCGUCCUGGAGAAUUCAGCCCAGUCUUCAGUCACAUAUGCUGCAGUGCUGCUUACCAAUGCUAAGCAGGAGCUACAGUCCAUCCAUCUCUCGGACCGGGACGGCAGCGGCAGCAGCUCCAGCGACGAGGGCAAUUUCUCUGCCGACAACUCGGACAUUUCUGGCUCUUUCCCCGGUGGCCUGUGGGAGCUGGACAGCUGCCAUGACCGAGGGAUGGAUGAUCCACGUCGAUCCUGCUCCUACAACUCAGUUGAAGAACUUUCUGAACCGUCCGAUCAAGAAGAUGCAACAGAAGAAAAGGACUUGUACUAUCUCAGCAUGGACUAUCAAGCGGAGAGUGAGGAGGGUGAGGGAGAGGUCAAGCAGAAAGAAGAGCUGCUGAAAAGUGUUACUUUGAGCAGAGAUGGCUGCUCAGGAGAGUCACACCUUACGCCCACCGAGCUGGUUUCCACAUCCACGUGCGACUUAGCGCCACUCUACAUGCCCCAGUUCAGGACUGCACCAUACAGCAGGCAACUGCCAGAUUGAAAAAGCUCAUGUGGUUGGCGCAAUGUUCCACAUUAGAAUUCACGUAUUGUGAGCUGCAUCAUCACUAAAGACUUGACAAUCAGGUCCUGCACACUUAAAUUGACAUUGAAUGUCAAAUCGUGUCAAAAAGCUUCAAAUGGUGUGUAACUAGAGUGAUGUUCAUCAAUGCUGCUAUUUCUUUGUUCAAUGUUAGGUACUGAUCCUCGCAGUAGAGAUUUAUUUUAUUCUGAUUGGGCCCAAAUUUUGGUUCAGCCAAAAUGCUUCUCUGGAGUCAUGUUACAAUGGUCGCUGAUGAGUGCAUGUGAGCUCAAGUCAUGUUCUGAAUAAAACAUAAUGAGGUUUGGGAGAAUACUUCAACAGGGAGGAAAUAAUGCUGCCAUUCAAUAGAUUGUGUGGCUGCAACUCUUGUCAGACAGCUUUUACGUGACAGAUGUCAUUUACGUUACCAUCUUUUGUAAAUAGAACUCGCAUAUAACACACAAAGACCGAAAGAAGAGCUGUGUGAAAACAUCUGCCUUCAUGAAUACAAUCAGAUCAUGAACAUUGUACUGAUUUAAGUGUCCAGUGAGCCUAAAAAAAAAAAAGAAGAAAAUACUGAAAUAUGGUGAUUAACUGUUGUUGCACAUUGAUAUAUUUGGUCUAUUUUUUCAUGGUGAAUAUAAAUUAUUUGUAAUUAAA